CCCGCCACCCCGCAUUGCCGUUCGCCAACGCCUUUCCCCCCAUUCUCCAACCGCCCGCGCCCCCUCCCCUUCAUCCGUCAUUGGUCGCCCGCACCCUUCCCUCUCAUUCGCCACUCUCCGCCCUCACAGAGCUCCGUCAUUGCCCUUCCCCAUAGGCUUCCCGCCUGCCUGAACCCCUCCUCAACCCCCAGCGGGCGCCCACCUGCCUGAACCCUCGACAAUUUCAUUUUCAAUUUCAAAUAGAAGCUGGAAAAUAAGAGAUGGAAGGAAGCAAUAGUGAGGCGAUAUUCGAGUCGUUGAAUCUGAGCCCACAGCUCUUCAUCAAUGAAGUACUCAACAUCGUCGACGAUCUGCUCGACGAGGCUUUCAAUUUCUUUCUCCAGGAGGGUUCUACGUUACUGAAAGUUGAGGGGACAGAUCGAUCUGCCGACCUGAGCAAGGGUGUGGCUUAUAUACGGAAUCUGGUUCAACUGGCCCUGGACCAGCGAAUGCAGAAGUGGGAAGAAUAUUGUCUUCGAUUUUGUUUUCGUGUACCGGAAGGAUUUGCACUGCCGAAAGCAAACGAGAUGUCUGGAGAUGAUUUACCAGAUAUUGAUGCUCUCACUGACACAGAGCUCGACACGGAGUUGAACUCUCUGCGUGACAAACUUACUGCGAUAGGAAAAGAAUCUGCUGAGCUUGACAGAGAACUUCGUGCACUGGAGAGGCAGUCUUCAUUAAGUAAUCAGUCUGCGGGGUCUAUUGACGAAGCAUUGCAGUUAUACAAGGAAAAUGAUGUCCAUCAAAUGUUCCAAGAGCUGACAACUGUGGCUUCAGAAUUUCGUGUAAAGUUGGAGAACCUGAAAAGGAAGAAGAUAGAGGAAAUUCAGUGUGAUAGAACAGAUAGGCUACGUGUCAGACAUGGUGACCUGCUCAAUAUGCCUCAUGGCAAUGGUCCGUUUGGUGCAAAGUUGGAAGAACUUCAGGAGUUUCUGGAUGAGAUAAUGAGAUAAUAGCAUUAUACGUCGUAGUUAUGUAAGAAUUCAUCGUUAUUGUGGUUUGUUACAUAGGAGUUUACCUGAGGAUUUAGCAUUACUGUUUUCAACUUCAUUUGUGUCUAUGUUCUUGAUUUCUGCCCGAAUCAUGUCUUUUGGAUUGAUAUUUUAUUUGUAUUUCAACUCAUAUAUGUGCGUUAUA